AUGUUAUUAGCUGCACAACAACAACUUUAUGAUUAUGCGGUACGUUUACGUUUCAAUGGCUCAAUACCAUCAGAUAUACACUCAUUCUAUGCUCUACAACAUCGAUUCGGACAAGAACCUAAGCCAUCCUAUUCCUACAUUGGACUUAUUGCAAUGGCAAUUUUAAGCUCCCCUGAACAGCAACUAGUCCUAUCAGAUAUUUAUCAAUGGAUACUGGAUCAUUACCCAUAUUUUCGUACGAGAGGUUCCGGAUGGAGAAAUUCGAUUCGGCAUAAUCUGUCUUUGAACGAUUGUUUUGUUAAAGCUGGCCGGUCAGCCAAUGGAAAGGGACAUUACUGGAGUAUACACCCGGCAAAUCUAGCCGAUUUUCUCAGUGGAGAUUUUCGAAGACGCCGAGCUCAGAGACGAGUUCGGAAAAGUAUGGGAUUAUCCGCAGCCGAAGACGAAGAUGAAGACGACGAUGAUACAGAAGAUUUGUUACCAACGAACGGCACACCAUAUCAUGUAGAGUCCUCUUUAGCAAAACUUCCAUCAGAAAAACUUCGCACUGAUGUAAAUAAUUUGUCGUUUUCAUCUUCUACUAACAGUACAAAUGUUUCCAAUGAUUUGCUGCGACGCUAUUUCAAUGAUCUACAAAGUAUGACCAUAUCUUCAUCAUCAUCGCCGUCAACUCAUCCAACGUCUCUACAUCAAAAUUCUCUAAAACAAACGCAACGAAAGCGUUGUUUCGAUGUAGAUAGUCUAUUAGCACCUGAUGAACCACGCUCAAUUAAACGACACAAGUCUCAUUGCGAUAGGAAUGAAACUAUCGGCAGUCCAUAUUCCAAAUCAGAUGGUUCAACAGAUACAGAAACAUCCAGCUGA